GGCUCGGGUCCCGGCAGUCUCGGCAGCAAUCCAAUCCGAAGCUCUCACCCUAGUGAUUGACAGGCCAUCUUCUCCACUAAACACAACACAAAAGUCAAUACAAGCCCGCCCCCCGAGACGGACUACGGUAUCACCCAAUGGGAAAGGGAAAGGAUCGAAUGGCAGUUCCACAGACCAAUAAGAGGGCGAAGGAGUUGGGAGGAGGCUCAACCUCCGGGGGUUUGAGGGGAGGGGGAAGACGAAGCUUGAAAGACUUGGUAAUGGCGACGGGUUUGUCGGAGCACCAUAACAUGGUGUGGGAAGUGAAGACAAAUCAGGUGCCUAAUGCAGUACAGAAACUCCUGCUAGUAAUGGACAAGAGAGCUUCAGGAAUGAAUGACUCAUUGGAGUUGCUGCAGUGUAAUGAAAAUUUGCCAUCCUCACCUGGAUACAACUCUUGUGAUGAGCACAUGGAGCUUGAUGAUCUUCCUGAACUUCAGGCUGUUCAGAGUGAUCCUACUCAAUCUGCCAUAUACCAGCUAAGUUCAGAUGUGUCACAUCAAGAGUAUCCAAGACCAUCUUGGAACCAAAAUACCUCAGAAAUACCAGAAAACACUUACCGUGAAAAUGAGGUGGAUUGGCUAACAGAAUUAGCAAAUAUCGCCACCAGUCCACAAAGUCCACUUAUGCAGUGCUCAUUUUACAACAGAUCAUCUCCUGUACACAUCAUAGCUACUAGCAAAAGUUUACAUUCCUAUGCGCGCCCUCCACCAGUGUCCUCUUCUAAGGGUGGGCCAGCCUUCCCUCAUCACCACUGGAAGGAGCAAACACCAGUCAGACAUGAAAGGGCAAACAGUGAGUCAGAAUCUGGCAUUUUCUGCAUGUCCUCCCUCUCGGAUGAUGAUGACUUGGGGUGGUGCAAUUCCUGGCCUUCGACUGCUUGGCACUGUUUUUUGAAAGGCACACGACUGUGUUUUCAUAAGGGAAGCAAUAAGGAGUGGCAGGAUGUGGAAGAUUUUGCUAGAACUGAAGGCUGCGAUAAUGAGGAAGAUCUCCAGAUGGGCACUCACAAGGGCUAUGGUUCUGAUGGUCUAAAGUUGUUAUCACAUGAAGAAAGUAUAUCAUUUGGCGAGUCUGUACUGAAGUUGACUUUUGAUCCUGGUACAGUAGAAGAUGGUUUACUUACUGUAGAGUGUAAACUGGACCACCCUUUCUAUGUUAAAAAUAAAGGUUGGUCAUCAUUUUAUCCAAGCUUGACUGUGGUACAGCAUGGCAUUCCAUGUUGUGAAAUUCAUGUUGGUGAUGUAUGUCUACCUCCUGGACACCCCGAUGCCAUUAAUUUUGAUGAUUCAGGUGUUUUUGAUACAUUUAAAAGCUAUGACUUCACGCCUAUGGAUUCUUCUGCAGUCUACGUGUUAAGUAGUAUGGCUCGUCAGCGUCGUGCAUCUUUGUCUUGUGGAGGACCUGGAGGUCAAGACUUUGAAAGAUCUGGAUUCAGUAAAAACUGUGGCUCCCCGGGAUCCUCACAGCUCUCUUCCAAUUCCUUGUAUGCUAAAGCUGUCAAAACCCACAGCUCAGGGACUGUGAGUGCCACUUCCCCUAACAAGUGCAAAAGACCAAUGAAUGCCUUCAUGCUUUUUGCCAAAAAAUACAGAGUUGAAUAUACUCAGAUGUAUCCAGGGAAAGACAACAGAGCCAUAAGUGUGAUCCUUGGUGACAGGUGGAAGAAAAUGAAGAAUGAAGAGAGGAGAAUGUAUACAUUAGAAGCAAAGGCUUUGGCUGAAGAACAAAAACGUUUAAAUCCUGACUGUUGGAAAAGGAAAAGAACCAAUUCAGGCUCACAACAACAUUAAACCAGGAUGCUUGUGUUCUUUUUAAGUCUGUAUUUGCAUAAACAUUGACUGUUGAUGGAAAGACUUAAGAAGAUCAAGGUCUCACCAUUUGUCCUGAAUCCGUGUGACCGUAAGAUACUGAUAGCAUUGAGUCUUGAAAUGAUUUAAUAAUAUGAGUGAGGAUUUGCUUUCUCCAUUAGAGCAUUAAGUAAGCUAAAACUAUCAACAUUGUAAACCAAAUUGCCUUAUUUUCUUCCAAACUUCAUAUAUGUCUAUCAGGUAAUAUAGGCUUGAAAAUUGAUAUCCUGUGGUGCUAAAGUACAGUAGAAAGAGAGGAGAAGUGUAUACAUGUUUUAUUUUAAAUUGUACAAAGGGGGAAUUUAAAAAUAUGUAACUGCUGUUUAUACAUUGGCUCCUUACUGCUUAUUAAUCUGUAUUGUAUACAUAAUGGAGUGAAGCAGAAGCCGGGAGUUGGCCUUUCCUUGAGCAACCACCACAUGGCUCAGCGUCUGUGCCAAACACGGGGGCUCCUAGUCUGGCCAGUGCCAAGAGGUUGCCGGAACAGGGGGCAGGUGGAUGGUGUCAGUGUCACAGCCUGAGAGCCACCUGCCGCGGCUCCCGGAGCAUGCUGAGUGGACGCGCCAGGUGGCAGCACACCGCCCCCCCCCCCCCCCCCUUGCUCGAUGGAGACAGCCCAGGCCAAGGUAAAGUUAGUGAAUAGCAUUGGGGUAUAGUCACUGUAAUGGUGCUGUUAACGGUUGACACCAUUGUAUUUUUAACUUUGUGUCCUGUAUCUCCUCAGCCACAUAUCUUAAUAUCGUAUUUGUCAUCGUAUCUCUAUGGUGGGGGCAGACUUUGCACUUAUGCAGUGCAACACGUGCACUUUACUUUCCUCCAACUGUCUACAGUGAGAGCAAACACAAUGGCAAUACAGCUGCUUAUGCUCUGAGCUACAAUCAUGGCUUUUCAUGUUACUUACCCAGUGGUGUUUCUGGUUAGGAAUCACAGCUGUAAAAUUGAAUUUCAGUUCAUUACACUUCAUGAUGUUGCCCCUAAAUUUUGCACACUAUAUUCUUGUAUAUUAUUUCAAAUAAAAUGAAAAAAAUUGUUUAUCUGAC